AGAACCAUGAGCAGAGACUUGACCCCUCCUGCAGCUGUCCAGCUGUGCUAUGAGAACUGGAAUGGAUCCUGUGUCAAAGCUCCCUACUCCCCAGGCCCCCGCCUGGUUCUGUACCUGGUGUUUGGCUCUGGGGCUGUGCUGGCUGUCUUUGGAAACCUGCUGGUGAUGACUUCAAUCCUGCACUUCAAGCAGCUCCACUCCCCAGCCAAUUUUCUGGUCGCCUCUCUGGCCUGUGCUGACUUCUUGGUGGGGGCGACUAUGAUGCCCUUCAGCAUGGUCAGGUCUGUGGAGAGCUGCUGGUACUUUGGGGACGCUUACUGUAAAUUCCACUCCUGUUUUGAUGGCUCCUUCUGUUAUUCUUCUAUCUUCCACUUGUGCUUUAUCUCCAUUGAUAGAUACAUCACUGUCACUGACCCUCUGGUCUAUCCAACCAGGUUCACUGAUUCUGUAUCUGGCAUGUGUAUUGCUUUCUCCUGGCUGCUUGCUGUUGUCUACAGCUUUUCUGUUUUUUACACAGGGGCAAAUGAAGCUGGGCUGGAGGAAUUAGUGAGUGCUCUCACCUGUGUGGGAGGCUGUCAGGCUGCAGUGAAUCAAAACUGGGUCUUGGUCAGUUUUUCCUUAUUUUUCAUCCCUGCACUUGUGAUGAUAACUGUUUAUUCAAAGAUUUUCCUUAUUGCUAAACAAAAGGCUAGGAAAAUUGAAAGUUUGAGCCAUAUGACUGCGAAGUCAUCCGACAGCUACAAAGACAGGGUGGCCAAGAGGGAGAGAAAAGCUACAACAACCCUGGGAAUCGCAGUGAUAGCAUUUCUGAUUUCAUGGUUGCCAUAUUUCAUUGAUUCCAUCAUUGAUGCUUUCCUGGGUUUCAUCACACCUACAUAUGUGUAUGAGAUAUUAGUUUGGAUCGCUUACUACAACUCAGCAAUGAAUCCCUUGAUCUAUGCUUUCUUUUACCCUUGGUUUCAAAAAGCCAUCAAACUAACUGUCACUGGCAAAGUUUUGAAAGCGAAUUCCUCCUCAAUAAACUUGUUUCCUGAGUAG